AUGCGAGCUUUCCUAAAGAGCUCGGAUGAGUGUUUCCAGCUGAAAUCCGGCACCACGACCAUCGGGAGCCACAGAGGGGCUGACAUCGUCCUGCAGUCCGCAGGGGUAGCAGCUCGUCAUGCAGCUCUGGAAUUCUCCGCCUCAGACAAGAGCUUCACCCUUCAGGACUUCAACUCCCCCUACGGCACCUUUGUCAACAGCUGCCAGGUGCAAAACGCGGCCGUCAGGGUGGGGCCAGGGGAUAUCCUGAGCUUCGGCACCGCGGGAGUGUCAUUCCAGCUGCUGGUGGAUGGGGAUGCUCAGAUGUCCUGUCCCCCCUUGAAACGUCACAUAGGGUGGAGCAGGCAGCUCCAGGUGGUUGCAGAGCCCAAACCUUGGACUCCUGCAUCUCCUCUGUGCCUGCCCUCGCUGCAGUGGCAGCUUGGCCCCUCCCUGGGCAGUGGGACCCCCAGAGCCCCUGGCCACCUGCCCCAUCUGGUGCUGCCGAGGCGACCUGCGAGUGCCCGGGACAGGAGCGCGGCCAGUGCCACCUCUCUGGACACCUUCAGCAGGACAUCUGCGGUGAGGCCAGUCUCAGGGAGCUUCUCAUGUGAUGGUGCAAGCAGUGUGGGGAGAGCCCCUUCCCUGAGGACUCACAAGGUGAGUCUCCUCCUCGGGGGACAGCAGGGUGAGAAGCUAAUGAAGAAGGAAAUGGGUCACCUUUUUGGUUUGGAAACAGAGUUAAAGGGGAAGGAUAUGGUGAUAAGAGACCUGCAGGAGGAGAUUGCAGCCAUGGCAAAGAAACUGGCCCAGGCAGCAGUGAGGAACGAGGCUGAGCUGACCCAGAAGCUGCUCACAUUCAACCGAGAGCUGGGAGCCCAAACAGAGGAGAUCAAAGCCCUGAGGGAACAGAUCAGUGACCUGCAGAAAGGCUCAAACCAGGUUUUCAGCCAUUCCCUCCAUGAAAGAGACCUGGAGAUCAGGAGGCUGCAGAGAGAAAGUGAGAAGUUGAAGAGGGACCAGGCUUUGACUGCAGGUCUGGUGAGCAACAUGCAAAGGGAACUCCUGCAAAAGGAGCAGAAGGUCCAGCAGCUCCAGCAAGAGACUGAAAAACUGAAUAAGGAAAACCAAGAGAAGGACAAUCAUCUGGCCAUGGUUUCAGCCAAGUGCUUGACAAUUAAAGAAGAAACAAAGCGUGAACUCGGAGAGCAAGACCUGAUCUCCUGCAGAAAUCGCAUCAAGGAGCUGGAGCAGGACCUGGAGGGGCUGCAGGGAGAGCUCUGGAAGCACGAGAGUGUCCAAAAGCAACUGGCUGAGAAAGCCAAGGCACAGGAGGAACUGAAGGCAGCCUGGUCCCAGCAGGCAGGGCAGCUGCAGGAGAUGGGGCACAGGGAGCUCCUGCUGUGAUCUGACAUGCAGCGAGCUGGGGAGCAGCUGGAGUCCUUCAAGACCCAAGUGAUGCAAGUCUGUUCUCCAUCAGCAGUUGGCAGCACAGGGAAAUCUGUAACAGAGCAGCAGGUGAUAGAGAAGGUCAGGCAGAUGUUUGAUGAGAGCCAACAAAGUCAUGAGAGAGAGAAGAGCCUGAAGAAGGAAUUAAGCUCCAGGCUCGCAAAGGAGAGGGAGGUGUCUGCAAACUUUGAGGUGUUCAAGAACUCCCUGCAGAAGCUCCAGGCUUGCCUGAGGAGCCCCUGCAGCAGUGCCAGCCUGCGAGGGGAGCUGGGGCAGCUGGAGCUGUUGUGCCUGGAUCCCUCCAUCUCAGCCAUCAGGACAGCAGUGCUGGACAUGGCACGUGGUGUCCUGUCCUGGCUGGAAGGUGCAGAGCAGCUCCUAGACAGUGCAGGGAUGGACCUGCGCAGCUCUGGAAAAGGACUGUUGGCUGCUCUCGGGAGCUUGUCAGAAAAGAGUCAGGAGAUGACACAGAAGAAUCAGAUGUUGCAGGAGCAAUUAGAGAAUCUCCAGGAGCUGCAGGCAGAGCUGUUGCAGGAGCACACAAAGGAGCUGGAAGCAAAACAUGAGCAAAACUUACAGAUAAAAAUCCAGCAAAUUAUCAUGGAAAAGGACAAGGAGAGCAGAGAGAUUCUGGAGAGCGCUGUCACCAAGGAGAAGGACAAGUGCAAGAGAUGUGUGGAGGUUGAACAGAAGAAGAUCCAAGAGUUGGAAGGUCACCUAAGAAGCAUGGCUGAGGCAACAGCAAAGAAGGCAGAGGAGCAGGAAGUGACAGAGGGAAAACUGAGAGAAGCUUUGCAUGAGCUGAAGAAAAUCACUGCACAAGAGGCAGUGUUACAGCAGCAGGUGCUUCAGCAGGACCAGCAGCUCAGGGCUGUCCAGGAGGAAAAUGAGUUACAGAGGCAGAAACUGCAAGAAGAAGUAGCAGGAUACAGGGAGCAAAGCAAGCAGCAUUCCCUGACCAUCGUGGCUUUAGAGGACAGGCUGCUAGAGGCCACUCAGCAGCAGAAGGUGCUGGAGGAGGACAAGGCAGCACUUGUGGAAAAAAUGGAAGGACUUCAGUGUGAUGCCUACAGAGCAGCAUCAGGAGCUUGGCUGGAGAUUUGUCCUGCCAUGGAGUCUCAUGUUUGUCUGAGGAAACUGCAGGAGGAGCUGGCAGUGGCACAGGGCACACUCCUGGAAAAGAAGGCAGUCAUCAGCAGGCUCACCAGGGAGCUGUCAGAAACCAGAGCCAGGAUGUCAGACAUGAGAGGGGAGCUGAGCGAAGAGCAGAAGGUGGAGCUGGAGCACAGCCAGAGGCAGCUGAAACACCGGGAGUGGGAAGUGACCCAGCUCAGGGAGAAGCUAUCCAAGAUGUCCAGCCUUGUGGAGGAGAAGGAUAAGGCCCUGAAAGCAGCAGCUGAAGAGUUAAGCCAAGCCCAAACGCGCUGCCGGGUGCUGAGGGAUGCUUCCCAACAAACACUGGAGAACCCAGAGGAUGCUCCCAGGACACCAGUGCAGGUGGGUAAAGCCUCCCAGGGGCUGAGUCCUCAUGGAGAGCACCGAGAUCCACCAUCUGACUUGGCUGGGCUUGGUGCAAAAUGCCAAGGCCUGAGGCACGAGGAAACGAUCCAGCGCCAAAAACAAGGUUUGGCUGAGCUCCGGGAGAGAGUAAAGAUGCUGGAGAAGAGACAGUGCUCAGGUGCUGUGAAGAGCAAUUCAGAGCCACUGGUGGUCUGGAUGAAAGACUUAUCAGAGAAAAUAGUCCCACAGAGAGGUCUUGAGCUGGAACCUGCAUCUGUGUUGGGAGAAAAGUUGAAUGCUGACAAGGUUCCUGACCACAUUCCUAAUGGAGGCUCAUUCAGGGUCACCAACAGCACAGUGGAAAUGGCUGAGGUGACAGACUUGGGUGAGAAGAUGUACCUUGAUGCAAUUGGUGCUCUAGGAAGCCUGAUGGAGAUGAAGGAGCUGUCAGGAAUGCAGCCUCUGCAGCACCUUCCUCAGGAAAGAAGGGCAGAAGUGGGACUGCAGAGACAGAAGGCCCUGGAGCUGUUGUAUAAAAAGAUCAGGAACCUCCAGGUUUGCCUGGAAAGGAAAGAAGAAAGGCUGAAAGAUUAUGAGGGAAGUGUGGAGCAGCUCAGGCAGAGCCAAGCUUCCCUGAGAAGGUGCCAGGAGGAGAUGUGCAGCCUGGAAGAUGAAGCCCACAGGGAGGCAGAGGAGAAGGCUCUGCUGCGAGAGGCUCUGGAGAGGAUGCAGCUCCAGCUGGACCAGGAGAAGGCACUACGGCAAGUGGCCAAAAGGCACAAGCCUGGAGCCACAAAGCCUCUCUGCUCAGGAAAGCCGAAGGCCAAGGAGUGCGGGGCAAGUGCUGCCAAAUCAGGAAGCUCAUAGGAGCAGCACCACAGGGGCUUCGCUGGGUGCUGGCCUGCAGUAGGAACAGUGUCCAUCUCUGUGGAUUCUGUGAGGGUGGAGGUGGCAUGA